GCUUUCCUGAUACCUGUUGCAGGUGGCGGUCGGAUAGCAGGCAGUUGCAAACAAGCUAUUUCAAAGGAUCUGUUGUUUUGUCCACCAGUGGAAUAAACAUGAAUUCUAUGAUUUCCAGGGACUCACAGAUAAAGAUGAUGGAGUCCUCCGUGACCAACACGGAGAAGUACAUGGGCCAGUUCUGCGCCAUACUGGCCGCCUACACCAGGAAGACGGCCAGGCUGAGGGACAAGGCUGACCUGCUGGUCCAGCAGCUCAGCGACUUCGCCAACACGGAGGAGCAGGAGCUGCGGGCCUGUCUGAAGAACCUGGCCGAGGACCUGGCCAUGGUGCAGGACUACCGGCAAGCCGAGGUGGAGAGGUUAGAAAUGAGAGUUGUCACUCCUCUCAAAGCCUAUGGGGACAUCAUCAAAAACAAGCGCGCAGAUAUAAAGAAAUUCAAUUCUGAACGCAACCGCGAGCUGAAGGAGGUGCAAAAAUUGGACAGGAUUCGGCUGAAGAACCCAUCGGAUAGGCAGGGCAUUUCUCAGGCCGAAUCAAACGCCCUGAAAGCUUCCACUAACAUGAGCCGGAGCACUCGACAGCUCGAGGAGACAAUGAUCGAAUUCCAGAGGCAGAAAUUAGAGGAUGUCAAGGGAAUCUUUUCAGACUUCUUAACUGUUGAGAUGCUUUUCCAUGCGAAGGCCCUGGAGGUUUACUCAAGUACUUUCCAAAGCCUGCAGAGCCUGGACAUAGAAAAAGACUUGGAGAUGUUCUCAAAACGAUUCCAGAUGUAUGACAACUCCGUGGACAAUCAAACGCUCCAGAGUGUGCGUUUCACAUCCUCAAUGCCCCGUUACCCCAGCCCUACCCCCUCCUCUCUGAGACCGACAGCAGAUUACCCCAGGAAGGCUCGCAGCAGCACCUUACGCAGGCAGCAGGAAGUGGAUGAGGAGGAGGAGGAGGAGGAUGAAGAAGAGUAUGAAUCGGAGGAAGACGAGGAAGAGCGUGAACUGAGGAGCACGAGGGAGUCCUACGCUUCUGAGUACGUCAGAGCCCGGCGGCUGCAGAAGUGACUGGCAGUCUCUGUGGGUGACAGACGCACACCUCACAUGCCCUCUGCAGUCAGAACAGACAGGAGGGAAUGAGGGAAGAUAUCAGGACAGGAAAGCAGUUUGAAGCUUUGUGCCUUUCAUCAUGCUGCCUCAAAGUAGAUCUAAAAGCAAUUCUAAAAUGUAUAAACAUUGAGCAGUGUCAAGCGUCUUGAUGCAAUGUCAGUCCAUCAGAGUCAGCAAGAUGUGGAAUGAGCUUAUUUCCCAGUGCUUAAUUGAUACUUGUUCUAA